GUAGGAGAAGCUCAUUGAAAACUUAAAAAUUCAGAAAAAAAAAAAUAUGAGAAAAGCUACGAAACCCGUGAAGAGGGAGAGUCCCAGCGAUGAGGAGAUCAUGUUGGAGGAGGACUCUAACGAAAUGGAGGACAGACCGGAGCACAGCGGCAGCUCCAAUGGCGACAGCGACGAGGAAGGUCAGCAGGAUCAAAAGGAAGUGGACUCCAUCAUAGCCGAGAUGGACGAGGAAAUGGACAAGGAGCAUGAGGCAGCCGGUGGAGAGGCUAAAGAAAGCGAGGAGCUCCGUCGCCAAAUGGAUGAACUGAGUCUUCUUGCGCCAGCGGACAUGGCAGCUCUUAUCCGUCGGUUGGAGAAGGAGCUCUACGAACUGAGUCAAUGGGAAGCCAAGGAACUCAUCCGCAGCAAACACCUGCGCAUCUUCGGCAACUCCCGUCGCCGCUCCUAUAAAUAAAGAAGUGGCAAAUCUGCUUACACAUUA